GGUUAUGCACACAUACCGCGCAACACUGGCUGCAUAAAUAACCCCUGCCUGGCUCACCCAUAGACCCAAUAGUCUCCAGAUCUUAUUCGCCUCCAUCGCCCUACAUUGCGUUAACGACAAGAGGGAGGAUCGGUAGAGUUGUUCGAGUGUGUGACUCGGGCGCGGUGUCUCUAAUGUAGGCUUGGCUCUGUAUCGGUCCCUUUCCCUCCACUCCACCGGUGGCCUUGUACAACUGUCAUUUCUCGUCGCCCGGGAUUGAGGCGCUGGUCGCGGGUAUGGAUGCCGUGUGGAUACUGCCUCUGCUGCUGGUUCUCCCGGUUCUACUCUGGACCAGCAGCACGUUCGUUUUCUAUUUCAAGAAGUGCUUCUAUGUGGCGUAUAUGAUGCUGCUGGCCGUUAUCGCCAUACCGAUUUGCAUUCUGAAAAGCGGUGGCAGGGACAUUGAGAAUAUGAGAGUUAUCCGCUUCAUGGUGCGUCAUGUGAAGUACUUCCUGGGUUUGCGUUAUGAAGUCAGCGGUUGGCAACAUCUACAGACAGACGGACCGUAUGUCAUCAUCUCCAACCAUCAAUCGUCACUCGACGUGUUAGGCGUAAUGGAGGUUCUGCCAGACCGCUGUACGAUGAUCGCCAAGAAGGAGCUGAUCUGGGCAGGGACGGUUGGCUUGAUCUGCUGGCUGGGAGGAAUCGUGUUUAUCAACCGCCAAAAAACCAGCGAUGCCAAAAAUGUCAUGGGUGACGCUGCGAAAACCAUGCUGACUGACCAGAUCCGCUUGUGGGUGUUUCCAGAAGGCACACGAAAUCAGAAAGACAACCUUUUGCCCUUUAAAAAGGGAGCAUUUCAUCUGGCUGUACAAGCACAGGCUCCUAUCAUACCCAUUGUGUUCUCCUCCUACAGUAACUUCUACUUACGAAAAGAGAAAGAGUUCAAAUCAGGAAAAAUCACUCUUAAAAUCCUUCCAAAGAUUGAGACAAAGGGACUGACAGCAGAUGAUGUGACAUCACUCUCCGACCAAUCACACGCCAUCAUGCGUUCCGCCUUCCAGGAGAUCUCUGGCCAAGCCCCCCAGAGCAACGGGCCAUCCAAUCACUGAAGGCUUUUACAUCCUAAUCAUUGCCAUGACAACUAGGAUGACUUGAGACUACAUCGUCAUCGUAGUCAUGGUGACGGUAACCAUGACAACAAGGUGCUUUGGUAUCCUCUCCGAUGUGAAGCAGGAUUACAUGUCCAAAUACACAAAAAACAUAACUACAUGCACACGCAUUCACUUGAACACAUGCAGCAGAUGUCAUCAUAGCCUAGUUUUGAUCUCCUGUUGGACUCCAGGGGGAGCUAAGCGGUGGAAAGUGUUUCUUUUGGGCAAUGACCUUUGACCUUGCCUGGUGCAACAUUUUGUUCCUCUUUGAUUUGGCCUAGGACUGCUUCGAUUGGCGACAGGUUGAAUUUGGAGUGACACCCUGCGAAAAUUGCGGAUGUGCGUUUACAUGCAUGCCUUUUUUCUUUAUAUAUUUUUCUUUCUUCCUUUCUUUCACAAAUCUUCAAGAAGUCGUUUGUUUUGUAGGUCACUUUUCUCUUGCAUUAUGGAAAAUCGCUGACAAACACCUGGGUUUGUUUUAUUCCUUUGUUUAUGUUUUUUGUUUGUACGGAUAUUUUUAUUGGUUAUCCGUGUAUUUUUCCCACAACUCAAUGCCGUGAAAAUGCUCAGAGAUGCCCUUUUAUUGCAAUAUUGUUUUAUUGACCAAAAAUGCAUUUGAAAUCUAAUGCAGCAUUUAACAGACACUCCAGAGAACAGCUUUCUGUGUUGUCACUUAAACAACAGGAAAAUACUAAGAUUUUGUGCUUCUAUUGUCAUUAGGUCUUUUUCCUUAAAUCUAUUUCUCCUAAAAGUGUCGAAAGGUUAUUUCAUAGCGAGCAGGUCUGUUCUCACUAUUUCUAAGUGCAACUUCUUUCCUGUGCCAUGUGUCCAAAGUGUCUCUUUUUUUUCAGGCUAAAGCAUUUGAAAGUUUGAGCAAUGUUCAGUACGUUUUUAAGAAUGGAAAUCUAUUAGAAACCAUUUAAAAGAGAUUAUUAUUAUAAUAAUGACUGAUCGAAUAAGCAUUACCUUGUAACAAAUGAUCUAAAAUAUGGCAUUAUCUAACUGGCCAACUUAACAAAAAGACAUAUUGCUUUUAAGAGUUGAAGAGUUAUUAUUCAAAGUUUAGAAGCAUUUAUUUUUUUUUAACUCGAAAUCUAAAAAUGUACUCUAUACAAAAUAUGCAAAAAAUUUUGCGGUAAAAAAUAUUUUACAAAUAUACAAUAUUUUCACCAAACUUGAGCAUCAAAACCAGCUUUUUCUUCACAAAGGUUUUUUAUUUUUUGAUAAUCAAAUACCUGCUUUAAAAUGAUCCCUAGAAAAGUAUUAUUAUAAUAUAAAAUUGUGAGGUUUCUGUAAGAUUUGUGAGAUAUAGAAAUGUUGAGUUUUCAAUGCCCGUCUGAAAGCGACAAGGAAUAUUCUGGGUUGAAUACAAGUUAAGCUCAAUUGACAGUAUUUGUGUCAUAACGUUAAAUACCACAAAAUAUGAGUUUCUUUAAAAUAAGCACAAAACGUGGUAACAGUGAUGCACUUACAAUGGAAGUGAAUGGGGCCAAUUUUUGGAGGGUUUAAAGGCAGAAUUUUGAAGCUAUAAUUUUAUAAAAGCACUUACAUUAAUCCUUCUGUUAAAACUUUGUAUUAUUAUUAUUUGCGCGGCGAAGUUUAAAUCUUCGGCUACGUCUACAUUAAUCCGGAUACAUUUGAAAAUGGCGUUUUCGUUUCAAAACGCUCUUCGUCCACAAUAACGGUUUCAAGCGUUUUCCAAAAGUUGCUCAUCCAAACUGAAAAUCCUCGUUGCAUGUACGGUCUGAAACGCAAUUGUCCUCGUGUUCCGUCGCCGGACACCAAUUACGAGUAAACUUCCCUUCGCCUUUGAAGGAACGCAAUGUGAUGGUUGUACAAAGUAACAUUUAUUUUUUAACAACGCUAUCAAAGUGAGUAUCAGGCACAACUGUGCCGCUAUAACACGGGCCGCCAUCUUGAUUGUUUUGGUUGGAUAGAUCACGUGCCUGCGUCACAUGAUAACAAAUAUAUCAUCAUUUUCAGAUACGUUUUCACAGUCCGCACGACAACGCGAAAACGGCGUUUUCAAAUGUAUCCACUUUGGAGUGCGUUUUCAAAAAGCUCAGUUUUCACGGCGAAAAACGGCGUCUCAGUUUGGACGGAAGGCCAAAACGGAGAGAAAAAGAUGCGUUUUCAAACUAAAACGUAUUGGUGUCGACAAGGCACACGCGUUACGUUGUCAUUGCAACGAAGAUAUAAAAUUGGCUAUAACUUUACAAAGAAAAAGUUAGUAAGCGAUUUUAUCACACUUAAAUCAUGUUAACACACAUUGUUUACGUCUUGGGUCUACUUUUGAAACCGCUAGGAUUUUAAUAUACGGAUUGGCCCCAAUGGCGUUUUUAGGCGUUACGUCGUCGAGGCAAAGAAAGUUGAAAAAUUGUAUAUAAAUUCAACGUCUACGCAUCUGGAUAACGUCUAAACGUUUACGGAUUAGCCCCAUUCACUUCUAUAGUAAGCGACUCAGUGUAACCCACAUUUUUGCUUUUUUUUUAAAGACAAGGAAAGAGAUGAAAAUAUUUUUUGUGGUUAUCAUCAAUAUACCACGAAUGCUGAUUGAACUCAACGCGUAAUAUUCGAUUGCAUUUAUUACCUACUGUAUCAGAGUAUCAGAGUGACUGAAUAUAAGAUUCCUUUUGUUUUAUAUUUGUGUUACCAAAUGAACCACACAUGAAAAUUAGGUUAUUUAAAAGUGUCGUACAUGAUUUAAUUUAACCAAUUAUUUAACUUCUAUUUAUUAAACCAGAAUGGAUCAACAACUCAUGGCAGUAAAUUAAUUGAAAUGCUAACAAUGAUUUUCAAAGUCAUUAUUAAUUGCGUUGUUUGUUGAAUAUUAUAUUUAAUACUUGAAGUUGCAUUUCUUAUUAUUUGUUAAGAAUGGCUAACUUCCUUACUUCAAUAUGUACAACCUUUAUUUAGGAGGAAUGAAUUAUAAAUUUUCAGAAAUUGAUUUAAGCGAAUGUUCGACUAGGAAAAAAUCCAAAUUAGCCCCUGUAAUUAUUAUUAUUACAAAUAGUAUGAAUUUAAAGAUUGAUGCAAUUGUUGAACCUUUUUAUGUUGUAUAUGCCUUUUUCCAUGUGAUUUUUACCCUGUUGACUGAAAAAACGAGCGUUGUUCACGAAAAUGUACAAAAUGUACAUAAAUUGUGUAUGGAAAUGUGUACAAGGUGUCGUGUGAUUUUCACCAAAGCUAUUAAGGAUGUAAAAACCGAUGAAGAUUUUAAAUGCCGAUUAUUCGAUCCCGUUAAACAAACUUGACAAACAUAUUAUGGGCAGCCUUGUGUUCGUGUGUACGAGCGUGUGUGUGUGUGUGUGUGUGGUCCAUUGUGUGUGUUGAAUGUGUUUGUAUGAUGACCAGACACACAACUGAGCUAAAGCCCAUUGUAAAAUCUGUAAAGUCAUAUAAGAUGAUGAUUAUAUAUAUAAAACUGUCGAUUGUGGUAGAAUCUGGAAACGACUUGUGUAAAGAUGAUCUAGGAAAAAGAGUAAAUAAAAUCCUCUGUUUUUCCUAUAGGAGUGUCAUGAAUUGUUUCUCUCACGGUGUUGUUUUUCACAAACAAAAUGGUAAAUGGUCUGCACUUAUAUAGCGCCU